ACAACCUAUCGAUAUUGUGGAAACGCAUUGUAAACAAAUAAACAAUUUAGCUUCUUUUAAUUUUAAAGUUAAGAUUUAUAUAAAUUAAAAAUAUGCAAGCUGAAGAUAAAGAACAUAACAAAGUGGCGGAAGAACCUAACAAAGUAGUUUUCAAGAAAUCAUCACGCAAAAAUCUGCGACAGCGCAAAAAUUCUGAGGACGGCGACGAGGAGCAUCUCACUCUUGAUGAAAUCAAGGAGCGACAACGUUUACGUCAGCGUCCAAAUGGCGUUAGCCUAGUGGGCCUGGCGCUUGGCAAGAAAGUGGCGCCGGAGGAGGAGCUGGCCAUCAAAGAUCCGUUCAAUGUGAAAAUCGGAGGACUAGUCAACAUGCAAACAAUAAAAUCUGGCAAAAUGAAGGAAGCUGAUGAUGCAUAUGACGUGGGCAUUGGCACACAGUUUUCAGCUGAGACUAACAAGCGCGAUGAAGACGAGGAAAUGAUGAAAUACAUUGAGCAAGAGCUGCAAAAACGCAAAGGCGGCGCAGCAGAUGAAAAUUCCAAUGAGAAUGACGACCGCGAUGCACACAAAUACCUCACACCCGAAGAUGCUGCACUUUACGCCUUGCCCGAUCAUCUGCGACAAUCCUCCUCGCACAGAUCCGAAGAAAUGUUGUCCAACCAGAUGCUCAACGGUAUACCCGAAGUAGACCUUGGCAUCCAGGCCAAGAUACACAACAUUGAGGCAACGGAGGAUGCGAAGCAAAAGCUGCUGCAGGAUGCUAAAAACAAAAAGGAUGGACCCUCUCAAUUCGUGCCCACCAAUAUGGCUGUCAACUUUAUGCAGCACAAUCGCUUUAACAUUGAGGACAGCAAUGAACAGCGCAGACGCAAGCGUGAGAAUAAAGAAGCCAACAAUACAUCCGCCAAGAACCAAACAAAUCCAAAUGGUGUCAAACGUGCGACAGAUGACUAUCAUUAUGAUAAGUUUAGGAAACAAUUUCGUCGAUAUUGAAAUAAAGUACAAAGUUUUAAAUAUAUUUAUAG